GGCGGCGGCGGCGGUGGCGGCGGCGGUGACGGCGGUGAGAGCAGGCUCAGGGUCUCUUGUGGCCGGUGGAUCCUCCAACCCGCUUCCAUAAGGCUUUGACUUUCCAACUUCAGCUACAGUGUUAGCUAAGUUUGGAAAGAAGACAAAAAGAAAACCCCGGUGGCAGCUUUGCUGUUGUUCUUUGCCCUAGUUGUUCUUUGGGGUCUUUUGGCCUGAGGCUGCUCUGCUUUUAGCGGUGCUAUCUCCGGUCCCUACUUGCACUCCUGUGAACAAGCCUCUGGGCAAGAGCAGCUAUAGUAUCCAGCAUCAGAACAAGCAAGAGGAGAGCGCCAGGUGUCAUGACCAAGGCAAGAGAUCAGACCGGCCGGGAAGGAUGCUGCGGAUCCUUAGCAAACUACCUGACCUCGGCAAAAUUUCUCCUUUACCUCGGCCACUCUCUCUCCACUUGGGGGGAUCGGAUGUGGCACUUUGCAGUGUCUGUGUUUCUGGUGGAACUCUAUGGAAACAGCCUCCUCUUGACAGCUGUGUAUGGGCUGGUGGUGGCAGGCUCUGUUCUAGUCCUGGGAGCCAUCAUUGGUGACUGGGUGGAUAAGAAUGCUAGACUUAAAGUGGCCCAGACGUCACUGGUGGUGCAGAAUGUGUCCGUCAUCCUCUGUGGCGUCAUCCUGAUGAUGGUUUUCCUACACAAGAAUGAGCUGCUGACCAUGUAUCAUGGAUGGGUCCUGACUGUCUGCUAUGUCCUGAUCAUCACUAUUGCAAACAUUGCAAAUUUGGCCAGUACUGCUACUGCAAUUACAAUCCAAAGGGACUGGAUCGUUGUGGUGGCGGGAGAAAACAGAAGCAGAUUAGCAGACAUGAAUGCUACCAUUAGAAGGAUUGACCAGCUAACCAACAUCCUGGCCCCCAUGGCUGUCGGCCAGAUCAUGACAUUUGGUUCCCCAGUCAUCGGCUGUGGUUUCAUUUCGGGGUGGAAUCUGGUGUCGAUGUGUGUGGAGUACUUCUUGCUCUGGAAGGUUUACCAGAAAACGCCUGCCCUGGCUGUGAAAGCUGCCCUUAAGGUGGAGGAGUCGGAACUGAAGCAACUGAACGCAUCUAAAGAUACUGAGCCAAAACCUCUAGAGGGAACUCAUCUGAUGGGUGAGAAAGACUCCAACAUCCGUGAACUUGAACAUGAACUUGAGCCCACAUGUGCCUCGCAGAUUGCUGAGCCGUUCCGCACGUUUCGCGAUGGAUGGGUCUCCUACUAUAACCAGCCGGUGUUUCUGGCGGGCAUGGGCCUGGCUUUCCUCUACAUGACAGUCCUGGGCUUUGAUUGCAUCACCACAGGGUACGCCUACACUCAGGGGCUGAGUGGUUCCGUCCUCAGUAUUUUGAUGGGAGCGUCAGCAAUAACCGGAAUAAUGGGAACAGUGGCCUUCACCUGGCUCCGCCGAAAAUGCGGCCUCGUUCAGACUGGCCUAUUCUCAGGACUGGCACAGCUUUCCUGUUUGAUCUUGUGUGUGAUCUCUGUGUUCAUGCCUGGAAGCCCCAUGGACCUGUCUGUUUCUCCAUUCGAAGAUAUCCGUUCUAGAUUUAUGCAAGUGGAGCCAGUGUCCCCAACUACCAAAAUACCCGAGACCAUCUUUACAACAGAAACGCAUAUGUCCAACGCGUCUAAUAUUGUUAAUACUGUCCAUGAGAUGAGCACUAAAUCCGUGCCCAUAAUCUCCGUCAGCCUGCUGUUUGCAGGAGUCAUUGCUGCUAGAAUUGGUCUGUGGUCCUUUGAUUUAACUGUGACCCAGUUGCUGCAAGAAAACGUAAUUGAGUCUGAAAGAGGCAUUAUCAAUGGUGUGCAGAACUCCAUGAACUACCUUCUUGACCUUCUGCAUUUCAUCAUGGUCAUCCUGGCCCCCAACCCUGAAGCUUUCGGCUUGCUCGUACUGAUUUCCGUCUCUUUUGUGGCAAUGGGCCAUCUUAUGUACUUCCGAUUUGCCCAGAAGACUCUGGGCAACAAUUUUUUUGUUUGUGGUCCUGAUGAAAAAGAAGUGACAGAUGAAAAUCAACCUAACACAUCUGUUGUGUAAAAUAGUUUAGCUGUGGCCCCUGUUACGAGAUUGUGGAGAGUGGGUGUGCUUAUUUGUACUGCAGAAUUCCAAUAAAUGUCUACAUAUUUCUCUGGUUUUACUACAGCUGCACCUUGAGGGCUAAGAGCACUAACUGACCUAUGUCAGGGACUGGUAUUUCCCCUUACAUUUAGACGUGGGAAAAGAAAGAAGGAGAGAAAACAUCAGUGUAUGUAUAGAGAGAACAUAAUGGUAAAAUGAACUUCCCUUAUUACGAGAAUUUUCAGAGUGGCUAUCAGGUGAGUUAAGUUAUUCCCGAGC